AGAUAGUGAAACCUGUUUUCUGUUUGUCACAUGUAAAAAUCGUUGCUUAUUUUGAACUAGUCAUAGAGUAUGAUUUUUUCUGUGUGCAAAGUUGAAUAGUCCGUCAACAUUUAUAUUUGGAAAUGUCAAUCAUAUAUUUCUGUGUGGCAUUUUGAAGUUUCAACCCCCUGAUCAGGGUUGUGGGUGGGCGAGAGAGAUUUUCUGAAUAAAGUAGGUGCUACUCUGGAUUAAGAAAUUAUCAGCUAGCUAGCAACACUGGUCAGAAGUAGUUUUAUUAUUUUUUAAACUAUAGUUUAAUUGAACUUGCAGAAUUUAGAUUUGGUGUAUAUUUAUUAUCUUAUUUUGUGAGAGUUUUGGUGUAAUUGGUCUUUUCCUUGCUUUUUAUGGCUUCUUGUACUUACAGUGGUAACUCGAGAAAAUAAUAGUUUAGGUUUCGUUCUAUUUGCGCUUUGACAAUUUCUAACUACUGUAGGGUUUCAACCCCAUAUUGGUGAGGUACUCUUCAACAGUCUUCCGAGAGGGAAGUAGAACUGUUAGGGGAAAGAAAUGUCUCUCUCUGUGGUUACCAUGCUACCAAAAACAAAAAGUAACCUCAGUUGCUCUUUGCUGAUUCCUUAUCAUGACCUGCUCAUGAGGUUUCGAGUGGUCGAGUUGCCAGGAGAGGAGUCAACAACGUGCAGGGAGAUAUGUUGCUUUGAAAAUCAUGUACUUUGGCCAGAGGUUUUAUGGUUUUGCCUCUGAGGCUCAGAUGGAUCCAACUAUUGAGUCUGAAAUUUUCAAAGCGCUAGAGAGGACAAAGCUUUUAAUUGGCACUAAAGAGGAUUCAAGAUACUCGAGAUGUGGCAGAACUGACAAGGGAGUUUCAUCUACUGGCCAAGUAAUUUCUUUAUAUUUAAGAUCAAACCUCAAGGACACUGGAGGGUAUACCAAGAACCACACCACCACCUUGGAAGUAAGAGGUGAAAUUGAUUAUGUAAGGGUGUUGAAUAAAGUUCUCCCGGGGGAUAUACGAGUGAUAGGCUGGUGUCCUGUUCCAACAGAUUUUCACUCAAGGUUCAGCUGUCUCAGCAGGGAAUAUAGAUACCUUUUCUGGAAAGGAAAUUUGGAUAUAUCGGCAAUGCAGCAAGCUGCUAUGAAGUUCAUUGGGGAAUAUGACUUCAGAAAUUUCUGUAAGAUGGAUGCAGCAAAUGUGAAUAACUAUAGGCGACGAAUCACAUUCUUUGAUAUCUCUUCUUUAGAUAGGAGGUCCAUUGAUGUUGAUGAACUAUGGGCAGUGACAAUCAAGGGUAGUGCAUUUUUGUGGCAUCAAGUCCGGUGCAUGGUUGCAGUGUUAUUUAUGGUUGGUCAUGGUUUUGAGUCACCUGACGUUAUCGAUGUACUACUGGAUACUAAGAAGACCCCUAGAAAACCUCAAUACAACAUGGCCCCAGAGCUUCCCUUGAUAUUGCGGUUUUGUGAAUUUGAAGAUCUGGAAUUUAUUUGUUCAUCAGAGGCCAGGCGAACUUUGCAUGAGCACUUGAAGAAUGAAGUCCAAAGACACAUGCUUCAGGCGGCCAUCUUCAAUGAGGCCCUAAGCUGUUUAUCGACUGCUGGUGGGCAUGAAUUUUCAUUGUAUUCUGGCCCAAUUUUUACAUGUGCCUUCGGGAAGGAAGAAUCUGCAGGACAAAGUUCAGAAUUUUCAAGGAAGAACAAAGGUCACAUUCCUCUACUGCGCCGUGCAACCGAGCCCUCAUACGAGGAACGACGAGCCAAGUUGGACAUGAAAGCUAGUCGUAAGAGCUGAAUGAGGCCAUCUGUUGCGAUUCAGUGGAAAUGUGGCAGUGUUGACUUGAUCGCAAGGGGGGGCUUGCUUCAAGUUUUGGAAGAACCAGCCAAGCUUGUAACGAGAAAGAUGUUUUAGCUGUAUCAAACAAUCUGAUUAGAACACUUAAGAAAUGGAACAUGAGAGCUUAUUCAUUGAGAAAGAUGUUUUUGCUAUA